AUGCCUUCUGCCGGGCUGCCGGCGAGCCCUCCUUCGGCGGAAGCCUUACUGGACCCGAAAGGGUUUGACUUGAACGUGGCAGCGAUCAAGCCAUCCGCAGUGGACUCGCCUCCUGGUUUGAGCACCACGCAACCAUCUUUUGACGCCCGAACGGGCAUGCGAUCUUACGUCCCUGCCGAGGACGUCACGGGAUUCUCGACCGACGGCGUGGAGGCGCUGCAGCUGCAGGUGCAACAGUUCGUGCAGUGCGCUGGGGAAGGCGCAACCGCGCUCAUGCCCAACGAUGUUGGAGUCAUCGCCAGGCUCGCCUCUGAUCUGCACGGCGCAGGGGAGCGGUACAUGGCCACCGCCGAGCUCCUCGCGUCCUACCGUAAGGAGCGUUGCGCCUUCCAAGCCUGUGUCGGGCAGGCAGCGGCGACCUACGGGCAGAAGCUAUCGAAUGGAGGGCUGGGCGACGCGGCACUGGACCGCGCCGCCAGCGGGGCGAGAGCCGCAGCCGACAACCAGCCGACAUGGCAGUUGUGGUAUAUUGUUGGCAAAUCAAGACACAGAGCUCACACAGAAUCACAGCGGGAGGAAAGCGGCGAGUCGCAAUUCCUGGGGUUCUUGUCAGGUGGUGUGGAGAAGUUUACCUUACCUUACCUCACCUUACCUUACCGAGCCAUUGCUUGCCACGUGAAGGGCACCGUGGUGCAAGAGGUUGUCGAGAAGCUCAACACGGUCCCCGCCUUCAAGGUUGUGGACGACGAGACCGGAGACAUCGUGCCCACACCGGGCAAGGGCGGCGAGGCCUGCUUGUGCUGGUACGCCGACCCUCACGACGCCCGCGUCGCGCUGGCAAUCGUGGCGGCGAGGGAGCCGGGCCGCCAGCUCAGCCUCGGGACGACGCCGCUCGGCACCGCGCUCGCGAUGAGCGAGGGCUGGGGCACCGGGCUGCCUUCGAUGCCGCUCCGGCUGCAGGCCUCGAGCGCGGUGCUGCGCUCCGUGCGGGACGUGCUCAGCCCGCUGCCGGAGCGGGCGGCCGCGGCGCUCAACGCUCGCACGAGCGCUUUCCCCGUCUUUUUGAUGGAGGAGCUCCAGUCGCCUUCCGUCGCGCCCGUCUUUUUCCGGCGCGAGGACCUCGCCUCGUGCUGGCGCAUCUCCGGCCGCGCACCCGAGGCGCUGCCCGACUCGCUCACGCUCUACGACCUGCGCGUGCUUGUGCUGAAGAUGAUGAGCACCGGCGCGGACUGGCGCAGCCUCAUGUUUGUCGCGCCGGGGUCGUCGCUGCAGCAGAUCGACGCCGCCUCGCAGCACGGCGCGGUCCGCGACCUGGAGCGGCAAGCCGCCGUGGCGAGGGGAGACGAGCCGCCGCCGCUCGAGGAGGCCGCCGCCAUCGCCUAG